AUGUCCCUUGCGACAGGUCCUUGGCCCUGGUGGUUGUUGUUCUCCUGUGGAAUAAGACUGGUGGAAGGGCAAGAUUACUGUCCGAAAAAAUGUGUCUGCAGGUCCCUAGAGGUGAGUUGCUCCGGCCUGUUGAACUAUCCCCUCGAUAUGCCGCUGACCACUCGGCAACUCAUCCUGAAAGAAAACAAUAUCACCUACUUGCCAGCCAUAAAUCUGGGGCUCCUCAAUGACCUCGUCUACCUCGACUGUUCCUUCAACAAGAUUACGGAGAUCAUGGAUUACACCUUCGUCGGGGUCCACAAACUCCUCUACCUUGACCUCAGUUUCAACAACAUCACUUACAUCUCCCCAUACAGUUUCACCAUGCUCCACAACCUGGUGAUUUUAAACAUUUCCAACAACCCCUACCUCAUGGAUAUCGAUAGAUACACCCUUGCCAAUAACACCGCCCUGAGACAACUGGACCUGAGCCACACCGCCUUGGAGACCCUGCCCGUGAAGACCAUCAACCACCUGGUCAACCUCAAGAUUCUGCACCUGAAUGGAAAUCCCUGGAAGUGCAACUGCAGCUUAGUGGACUUCACCGUCUACUUAAUAGUGACAAACAUAGAAUAUCCAGAUAACGUAAAUGCUACUUGCAAAGGGCCUCCAGAGUUGGAGGGGUGGCCUCUGACCCUGGUGGGGAACCCACUCAGAUAUAUGUGCCUCAUCCACCUGCACCGAGGAGACUAUACCUUCCUAUUCAUGGUUGGUUUCUUGAUCUUUGCUGCGGGCAUAAUUGCUGCCUGGAUUACUGGAAUGUGUGCAGUGCUCUGUGAAGUUAUCCAUCGAAAAGCUGAAGGGACAUUUAUGGGACAAUAUGAUUUCUCUUAUGACGAUUCUUCUGAUUCUGAAGACUUGUCCUACAAAUUAAAACUGAUGGAUGAUGAAUUGUAUGGUUCUGUCCACACCCAUUUUGUUUAG